UUCAAAUCAAACUUGAUCGAAUUCAUGAUUCUUCAAUGGCAAGACCCAAGUUGUGUACAAUAUUUCGGGGAUAAAACUGUUUUUAUGAAUCAAGGUGAUCAAUGCUUUGAAUUCUCAAUUGUGAAUGGUCAUGUGUCGAAAGUACCGUGUCAAUUAUUUUCAUGCCAUCAUGAGGAGGCCGACACAAGAAUCGUUUACGUUUUAUCGAAGUUCAAGAGAAGUAAAAACGUGGUUGUUAGAUGUAAUGACACAGAUGUAUUGGUUAUUCUUCUGGGCAAUUUAUCCAAAUUUUCGAAGGAUGUAAGAAUUUGGAUGGAAGUUGGAUUUUAUACAAACAAUACACUUCGCUAUUUGCAGAUAAAUGACAUGUGCGCUGAGGUGGGAGAGGAUACCUGUCUCGCAUUACCAGGUCUUCACGCCUUCAGCGGUUGUGACUCCACAUCAAGUUUUUUUAAGAAGGGAAAAGUAUUACCAUUCAAACUGAUGCAAAAAACCCCAAUUUACAUUGACUAUUUUAGAAAAUUUUGUGAAAUCGCCAGUUCUUCUGAAAUUUCGACAAAAACUGCGGAGCAAUUUGUAUGUUCUCUUUACGGCCUAUCUAAGUGCAAAUCAGUCAAUGAAGCAAGAUACAGGAAAUUUGAAAUCGCGUAUAAACCAAAGGAAAAGGACGAGCCUUUACUCAAAAAAUUCUCAACAUUCAAUCCUUCUUUAAUCCCUCCGUGCCAAUCAUCCCUUCAACAGCACGUAAAACGGAGCCUUUACCAAGCUCAUAUAUGGAGCAACGCAACAAAUCCCAGCCCAGCAGAAUCGCUUUGUGCAGAAAACUUUGGUUGGAAAGUUGGCAACUCCGGAUACGAGCCAAUUUGGUUUGAGGGACCAGUUGCACCACCAACAAUUCUUGAUGCGAUAGCUGAUGAAAAUCUAUCCGAAGAAGGAGAAGACUAUUCCGCCUCUGAUGAGUCAUGCGAGGACAACGAUGAGCCAUAAAGGAGACACAAAACUUGCAAACAGACUAAUGGCACUCUUUAAGAAACACACGCUUAUGUUCACCAAUUAUUCAAAAAACUGACAUAUGUAACUAGAAUCUCGAUACUACUGGGAUGAAUUUCCCUUCUAACUUGUUUAAGUUUCAAAUUUUGCUUCUAUUUUGUCUCCAUUUUCCUUUACAAUUAUCUUUCUGUUCAGUAAAUCAACGAAAUAUUUAGUAAACUUGUUUCUUUGAAAAACAA